GCCAGCAAUGCGUUUCUGUUACCUGCCACUCCCUCUGCUUUCUCUGCUUGCCUCACCAGUGCUCGCUGCGGGACCACAUUGGUCAUUAGCUGAGGACUUCUAUGCGUUUCCAAAGUAUCGCGUUGCCUUUCUUAACGGACUCCCCGUCCUGAACGAAACCGCGCAAAGAUGGCUCCAAGUCGGUCUCAAGGGAGGCGAGCCAGAGUUUCUUGACCAACCAUGGCAAGAACGAACCAGCAGGCCAGCAUCUGAGCUCAUGGGUAUCGAGGGUGGUACUACAGAAAGACCUGAGCAAAGUCGAGGAGCGGGUGACCUACCCCACUCGUCCCCAUACAGACUAGAACGGAUGAAUUUAGCAGGGAAGAACUCAUAUAUAUGCCUAAUACCGCCACCUGUGGAAAGUCAUACAAAACCAGUCGAGGAACCGCAGAUCGAAGCAACCGCAACUCAGAGUCUGAGCCUUCUACAGCCCCUGACGAAUACAUGCAUAUAUCAUCGUCAAGGUUGGUUCACAUACGCAUAUUGUCACAAUAGCCAUGUGCGCCAGUUCCGCGAAAUGGCCCACUCCCACCCACAUCAUGCAGGUUAUGUCCCCGAGGAAGAUCCAGAAUGGGAAGCUUACACGCUCGGACAAGCAGCUGCCGCUCCAAGCGAAGGUCGAGAUCUGACGGUUGCCCAGCAAGAAGCACUAGCUAAAAGCGUGGAUAUCGUCAAGACGGCAGGCCAUCGGUACCUUGUCCAAAAGAUGGGCAGCGGCACUAUUUGCGACAAAACAGGCAAGCCUCGGGAAAUUGAAGUCCAGUUUCAUUGUUCACAAACAAUGACGGAUACAAUCCUUUUCGUGAAGGAGACUUCGACGUGUCAUUAUAUUAUGGUUAUUCACACACCACGCCUCUGCGGUGAGCCGGGCUUCAAGACCCGGCUCGAGCAGCGUGAGGAAGCGUUUAUUCGGUGCCGUGAAGUUCUCGAUUCACCUGAGGCGAUCGCUGCUGUGGACAAAUCUUUACCCGCAGCGCCACACCCGUUCAAGCGUCCUGCGCGUCCGCCGAUCCUCGAUAUCCCUCCGCCGCCACCAGUUUCUGAAGCUAGAGGCAGUAAUCUGCAUCCCAGUCUUGACAAGAAGGCGUCGGAUAUGAUCAAAGCUGCCAUCGAGGCCUUCAUUUCCGGCAAAGACGGGUCGAAUCAACAUAUGCACGAAGGAGGAGAUACGAUUCUAGUCGCUGGUGAAGAUGGCGACGUGCUCAUCGACAUCGAAUUUAUCGACGGAGAUGACGCAGACGACACGAUGGAGAAACUCGAAGGACUCUUAGAUAAAGCCAGUGGGAAACUUGGACGACUGGAAGAGGCGCUCCGUGAAGCUGGAUACAAUGUUCACGCGGUACCACCUACUGAUUCAGCUAGUGCCCCAGAAAAAGAAGAGAAGCAAGGUGACAAGGCUUCCGAGGAUGAGAAGUCAAGACCUAAGCACGAAGAACUAUAACCUUCUUACUCUUUAUCACUGCUUUAUUUUUGUGUAGACAGAAUCAUAUGUUAACCAAUUCC